GAUUGGCCAGCUGUGCUAUUCUAAAAGGGGCGUGAAGUUGACUGUUAGCAACUAGCUUCUGUGAUGCCAUACUCUGGAGAGUCAAUGCAGUAUUGGCGGCGACCCGCAGAAACGGAAUAACGCAACUCCACGUCGCGUAUGAACGCCAUAGAAAACUUAGGUUUUUUUCAUUGAGACGUUUUUUGAUGUCGCUUUGACGGACAUGAGUGUAUCUACAGAACAGUGACCCGGCUCUCUGGACCUGGCUAACAUAGCCUGCUAGCCUGUUUUGCUAGGCUAUUAGCGGUCGUUGAAUUGGCUAGGCUAAACCCAACAUUAGCAAAGGUUUGCUCCCAACUACUCAAUUUAAUACUAAACUUGACUCGAACUUUCAUUUUGUACUUGGUCAUCAGUUGGCAAACGUAGCCACGACGAGCUACUUUACCACGCUAGUUAUCUGUUGUAAGUCAGCAGUCACGCUCGCGCAACUAUCAGCUUGCAAGUUGGUGGGCUUUGUGCUGUGUUUAGCCAUCGCAUGCUAACCUUCAAUAAGGAAAGUUGUUGAUCCCACAUAAACGUUACGGAUAACGUUAAAUUGGACUCGUCGUCGAUGGCCUGACAAUUGUGUUGCAAGGAACUGCAUCGUCGACGGUGUUUAUUUUAUCAGGCACCGUUAAGUUUUCUCAACUGCAGAGGUUGCACAUUGGACGGGCCUCAUUGAUUGCGAGCAAACAUGUAACAGCCUCGGUUGGAUUCCAAGAAGAAUACCAGCGUCAACUUGGAAGCAUGCACAAUUCCGGAGUCCUGCAGCACGAAAAGAUGGAGCUGGACCUGGACAGCCCAUCUUCCUUAGUUCAGAACGAUGGACAGCUGAGGAGAUCCAACAGCGCACCCAUGAUUAAUGGCCUCAGUGAUAACUCCCAAGUGUUCCAGAGAGAGGUCUUGCGAAGCCGCAGAAAUAGCACAACGGUCGUCAACAGGCCCAAUAUGGUUCCUUCCUCGCCCAUCCGGGUUCCCAGCACCAGGCUUCAUCAGAUCAAACAAGAAGAGGGUGUUGACGUGAUGAACAGAGAAACUGCACAUGAGCGGGAAGUGCAAGCUGCUAUGCAAAUAAGCCAGUCCUGGGAGGAAAGUCUGAGUCUGAGCGACAAUGAUUUGGAAAAGUCUGCGUCAUCGUCGCCGAAGCGCAUCGACUUUGUGCCCGUGUCGCCGGCACCAUCCCCAACCAGAGGGAUAGGGAAAAAGCAGUGCUUCUCUCCAUCUCUACAAAUCCUUGUGAGCAGCAAUGGCCUCACUCCCAGUCCUAUACCAAGUCCAACACGGCGCUUUGGCCGUCGGAGCCAGAGUCCUAUCAACUGCAUCCGAGCUAGCAUACUUGGGCCUAUCAAGCGCAAAGGUGAGAUGGAGACAGAGAGUCAGCCAAAGCGGCUCUUUCAAGGCACCACCACCAUGCUGUCUUCAGAUGUCUCCAACCUGUCUGAUCUCGGCUCCUGUCACUCUCCAGAUGGUUUGCUGGAUGGCAGCCUGAGCAGCGUCUGCUCCUCCACAGACUCCCCGGGCAAAAUGGAGGGAGUGUCCCCCUCGUCGUCCAGCAACUCUCCCUUCGCCUCCCUCCAGGAUUUGUCUCCAAAGUGAGAACACGAUGGCAAAACUUUUUUUUUUCUUCUUUUGAGCCUCCACCUCAGUGUUUCCUAGAAGAAUCCAUGUGUGCUUUGUAACGCCUGGUGGCUCGAUCUUGUGAUCAUGCAGUUUGUUCGGAAGUCAAAGCCAUGGCUGAAUUGUUGUGUGGAGGCAAAUCUAGUGUGAGUUGUGCAUGUGUGGCGGUAAGUCUAAUGAACCUGGGAAAGACUGAGGAUGCUGAGGACAGCCUUUGGAUGGUGCUUGGCUUCACACUGGCAUUCAUUCUCCAACUAGCUGUCAUCCACGUGUCCUCUGUUACCCCUCAGAGAUGAGACAUGAAGCACUGGACACAAAAAGUAUCUGGAUGUAUGUAUGUCCCCCUUGUUUGUGCUGGAACCAUUUUGUCCAUUAGGCUUUUGUAUGUACAGUCUUCAGAUUUUGUAAGAAAAGAUUUAACUUAUUGUUCCUCUGCAAUGUUUGCUUUUAUGUACAUAAUUGACCUUGUGGAUACUGUGUACAAGUUUAAGUGAUGAGGUGAAUGAGGGCAGGAAUAUGUGGGAAAUCUUACUGUUCUACUCAGACAUUUCCCAUCAUAGGGUUUAAACUGUGGUGUUUUUGUUUAAAGUGGCUUGGUGUUGGCCUCCCUAUGUCGUUACCCGUAGGAGCAGUCAAUUAGCUUUGCAGUUAAUUGCAGCUUUCAUUCAUUUUUAGCGUUUAACGCUAAAGACUUCUGGAAUUGUUGUACAGUUUGUUUUUUUUCACCCUUUUUUUCUUCUGGAAAAAUUAUUUAUGGUUUUAAAAAAUCUAUAAAUAUAAAAUUUAUAUAUAUAUAUAUAUACACACACACACACACACACACACACAAUGGAGGUCAGGUUCUGUCUCCAGUAGAUGUGAACGUAUGUGUUGCCAUUGCAAUCUGACUGCAGUCAUAUGCAGCUAAAAUCCAAAUUUUAGUUUUAUGAAAGGCUGCUGUUCCUGCUGUGGUUCAUGUUGCACAGGGUACCCGUUUGUUUUGUUUUCUUGUUCAGCCUGUGUUAAGUCUGAAGUGGGUAUGUUUUAACUUGACCUCCAUUUACUAAAACAAGACAAGGUCAAAACAGUAUGUAGAGGUUAAGCCUGUACUGUGAUUUUUGCACCUGCAUUUGUUCAACUGUCUUUGUAGCCUCCAUGUACAAACAAGGAUGUGAUUGUAAUCCUUUUUAAGGAGUUGUGCCCCUUUUUACUCCUGAAGAAAGGCUUGUUUGCAGUUCUAUUACUGAAUGUUUUUAUUUUCUCCAAAAUUAGAACACAGAAAAGCGAUUUGCUUGUCAAUGCAAGACAUUUUUCCAGGGCAUGAUGAUUUAGUGACCUUCAAUGUCAAACUGAGCUUUUGCUUUUGUGUUUGCGCUCAUAUCAAACAAAGACAAAAUAAAUUAUUUCUUUAUGUAUGUUGUUUGCACAAACCUCACUGAAAGGCUGCAAGUUGUUGAAUUGAAAUAACCAUUACAGGGCAUCCCCGCAAAUACUUUUUGAUCAAAAUAGUUUUUGUGGGAUACCUGCCAUUUUGUACUCGUAUCCAUAAACGGGCCGUUCAUUGGUAGAAGACCCAUCUCAUUUGCCUUACAUUGUAAAGCUUGAUUUGCACAUUUAGUCGGAAGCAAACUUUUACUUUCUUGAGGUGGUCUUUUUAUGCAGUGACUCAGCUUGAUGUACAGUGUUCCUUCCUUUUAUUCCGGGGAUAGGUUCCCAAAAUAGCCCGCAAUAAGUGAAAUUCAUGAAGUAGCCAACUUUUACAAUUAUGUUUUAAGGCUGUAAAACCCCUCACCCAUCCACUUUAUACACUUAACAUUUUCUCUCAUUUAAGCACUCUUAAGUUUUCGCUACUCGGGCAAAUAGAGGAAGUCUGUAUAACAUGAUGUGCUGACACUUUAUUACAUGUUUGGAAUAUAAUAGUACAACAAACCUUGAGCAAAAAAAGGCCUUUUUACAUUACUGUUGGGGAAAAAAUGCAUUCAGAUGGGUACCAUACAUGCAGAUGACUGCAUUUAGUCUUUAGUCUACACUAAAAUCAUUCAAAACAUUAAUAUGGUGUUUACACACAAAUGCUAGAAGAAAAUUGGUAUGGCUUUAUAUACAUGUAGGGUGCAUGUUCCUUCACGCUUGCUGACUACUUUCAUAGCAUUAGGAAGCAAUGAGGCCACUGGCAGCCAUCAUGCUUCUUCACAGGUCCUUGCAGUCUGGGACCGCUCCAUUGGAGACACUGGUUGCAUCAAUGUGUCAGACAAACCUGGUUUUGGGGGGCGGGGGCACUCAAAUGUUUCAGGAGUGAAGGCAUAUUGGGAGUUUAAAAUCUCCUCCUGUGGCCAGUAGACAAAGAGAAAUAGCGGUGGUUUGUGACCAUGUCUGAUUUUCUUGCACUUCAUGUGCGUAGGAUGACCAUCGUGAGAAGUCCUAAAACACAACAAGAUAUGUCAUUCUUCCACCUUUUGCAUUUGAGACCUAACCAAUCUUUCAAAAAAAAAAAAAAAAAAGUGUCCAACGCACCAAGAACGUAAGCAGCUACAAGUUUCUUGUUAACACUUAAGUGGAGGUAGACAGGCACAGUAGAUUCUUGCUCCCCCAGGGUUGGGAGCAUGAGGGCGGCCACACACACCAGCCCCAGCAGCACCGUCAACAGACUGGGUCCUCCUGCCACAGGACGGCUCUCUGCGACACACACAACCCCACCUUGUCAACACAGCAUACCCUAAAUUCUAUGAAGGUCUCCCGUAGUCGGCGGGUGCACAAAUUAUCGCUGGGGUUAAAAAAAAACAAACAAAACAUUAGCAUUAACAGCUGUUACGUCCACAAGAUAGCAGUAGCUGCAUGAUUAUCAAGCGUGGUCAGCAUCCUGCAGCUUUAUCUACCUCUUUAUGCACUUUAAUGUUGGUUGAAUGACUCAGUUGUUGGUGUGAAACUCUUCUACUUGCCAUAGUAUUUACAAUGAACUCUUAAGCUGUACAGUAUUAAUGAUGGCUGUAUUAUAACGUUGGUUCUGUUGCUACUAUGUUGUGCAAUACUAUGUGGUCAUAGUGCUACAUUUUCCUUUACACUUUUUCAACCACGCCAACUCAUUAAAGUUGCUCAUCUUCUUUAUGGUUUAGCUAAAUAAAUGCCCCGGCUAUAAUUUGAGCAUUUAAUGUACAGAGUAUCCAAUUAGUUACAGAUUUUGGAAACAGGGUUCCUAUGCAAGUAUUGAAUUUGAUUUUUAUCCAUUUCCAGUUCUGGCAAUGUAUUGAAAAUGGAAGGUCAUUAUGGAAAAAUUCAUGCUUCCAAGACUGUUACCACUGUUCUGUUUUCCAAAAGAUAAAACUAUGAAUAGCAUAAAAAAAAUGGAUCCAUCUGUUUUUCAAAGGCGCUUGCAAGGGCAGCUAAGAUGUUUGUAUGAGAGCACAGAGUAGGCGACGCAUCCUCAACCAACCCUUCGUAUGACCUACAUUACGUAGCUAUAAUCUCCUGGAAAUGACAUGGUGACAUAAUAGCAUAGAUAUUCAGAAUAACGAAAACAAAUUAUUCAUUUAUUUACAUUAUACUAGGGCUGCAACAAACGAUUAUUUUGUUGAUUAAUCUGAAACUUGUUUUGAUUAAUCGAGUAAUCUGUUAGGUCCUAGGUCAGCCAUCACCAAAUGGUGGAGCUCGGUUGGGACCUGUGCCCAAUUCAAGUGAAUGGGAAAGAAACAUUGAUAUUCAUAUAAGCUGGUCUGUUUGAGGUUCGGACCUUCGCUUUGGGGAAAAAAAAAAAAAAAAGCAUAAACUGACCUUACUUCAUUUUAAUUGAAGUCACCUGUCCUAGAUGGACCAAAUCAAUAUGAACAGAACAUGAACAGUUAGUGGUUUAGUUGGCAACGCAUCAGAAAUAAAAAUUUAUCUUGGAGAUUAAUAAAGUAUCUAAAAGAGGCAAAUAAUGUUGUUUUCCAAAGUCAAAGAUUGUGUGAAUUAUUGUGCCUAAAACACAAAGAUAAUAGGUCUGCUUUCAUGGAUGACUAAGGAAAUAAAAAAAAAAAAAGAAUCACAUUUGAGAAGCUCAAAUCAAAAGGAUAAUUACAGUUUUAAAUCAAAACACGAUUAAUAGAAUAACAACAUAGUUGUCUAAGUUGAACAAUCGAUUAAUCAAUUAACUGUUGCAGCUCUAAUGAUACACAUCUAUUUACUGAGUCUGGAAAAAGUAUGGAAUUUUGAAAUGUCAAACACAUAGGAGCCCUGGUUUUUCUAAGGCGCUUGCUAGGGUGGCUAAGAUAUUUGUGUGAGAGCACACAGUCGGCGACGCAUCCCAGAAAACAUUUGGUAAGACCGAUAAGUUCAGUGGCCAGCCCUCUGCUCUUCUACUACUCCAACCCCUGUGAAUAUCCUGAUUCAUCCAGGUCAUCGUAUUCUCAGGGCAUUGAAUCGAUUUGCAACUCGACUUGUUCAGGUUGUCUUAGUAGACCCAUCCGUGCAGUCGUCAUCAGUUCAUGCUCAAUGACUAGGUGGGACAAAAACUAUUCAUGUUUUUGGAAUGUCGGAGGAAACCCACACAUGCACGGGGAGAACAUGCAAACUCCACACAGAAAUGCUCAAGGGAGAAUCGAACCCAGGUCUUCCCGAUCUCCAGACUGUGACUGUGUGGCCAACAUGCUGACCACUAGACCAGCAAUACCAAAUUGAAUACCAAAAUCAUUGUAGAUUAAAAAGGAUUAAUUGGAUAAUCCAUUAAUCAUCAAUGAAUCAACUGUCGCACCUCUAAUGAUAUACAUCUAUUUAUGGAGUCUGGAAAAAGUCUGGAAUUUUGAAAUGUCCAAUCUGUAGGAACCCUGUGGAUACACAGCCAAGCUCUGAAAAUGUGUGUUUAAAACAUAGCAUGUAGAAAAAUGUCUUUUUAUAUCCGACUGUUUCCACUCGACCAUGUCGAGUAUUAGAAAGAGCUCUCCGUAUGAUGCAGUGCAUUUCUACACCACUGCAAACACUAUUAAUGAACAUACAAGUGGUAAAUUCAUUAUAUUUAUAAGAGCAGAUUUUUGUAACAAGUAAAUAAAAUGUACUAAAUCAAUAAAAUGCACUUGCUGGGGAAAGCUGCUUGAGUGACUCCAUGGUCCUGUAGGAUAGGACCAACUGUCCCAUAAACGAGCAUUUGUCUCCAUCUAGUGGCAUAGGACGAGUAGCAUCCAGUCGUAGUCCUACCUGUUUGAAAAACAGUCUGUUCAAAAAACUCGCUGUCUGCCAGCUGCUCUUUGACCCUGCGUUCAUCGUCUUGUGAGCGUUGGCUGCUCGGCUCCUGCGAGGCCGAGGGACGGAGCGUGGCCAUGACCUCUUUGCGACCCAAAGCUUUCCGCUGACUCUGCUCCGACACCUGCAGGCGGAACUUGUCGUACACGCCAUAAUGGCACGGCCGCAAGUCUCUGUGUCGGAUUACUCUGCAUGCCAGACACAAACCACACAUUGGUUUACUUUGAUUAAAAGUGCAACUGAGGAUGAUGUAUAGAUGAAUUUGACAUCCAAAUGGUAGAAAUCAUUACGAACACUGGCACAAUAUAUCGAUCAACAUACAUUUUCUGUCUUUACAGACAUAAUGUUCAUUUUGACUGACAAUGUCAGAGGAGUAUUCAUUUAACAAUGUUUAAUGUUGUACAAUGGAACCUGUUUAUGUCGACGCCCCUCGGACUCGCUACCUGACAUCAACAUGAGCGUUAUCAACCAAAACCACACACAAUUAACUGACUUUAAUUGACUUUCACCAGGAGACAAAUAGUUUUGUUUUCCUUCGUUUGUGCAUAUUUUUGAUGCACAUAUAUUUUAUACUUGUAUUUUAGCUGCACAGUUGUGUGUCUUGACUAAAAUGAUUGCUGUUGCACAUGCAUCCAUCUUUCUUCCGGUGGUUAACCCCAAAAAAGGUGAAUUUUGUUAGUUGCUUUUGUAAUACUGCCAUGUUUUUAUUUUUGAAGUUUACUGCGCACUGAACAGAAUGUCACCGUGUGCACGUUUUCAUGCUGUGUAACGAGACAGUAUUUACGCUGCUGUCUCACGCUGCUUAUAAUAGCGAUGACAAAGUUGAGAAUACGACACGUCGACAUAAACGGACUUAUUUUUCAUGGAAAUGACCCCCGUGGCUUUCAAAUUUUAUGCUGACAGAAGCUGUCGACAUCGAUUUAAGCGGGAACGUCUGGUAAUGAGAACACGAUGGACGCGGACUUGAGUUGGAUGACUUAAGACGGGUUGCAGUCCGACUUAAGUGGAUUCCACUGUCGUGCUGUGCUUUUAUUUUGAAGCUUACUUUGCACUGUGUGCAUGCUUUAAAGCUGUAUAACUAACAGUCAUUGUGUUGCUGUUUCCGUUUCACACUGCGAUCAAUGAAGCUAGGAAGUCCACAACGCAUGGCGACAUAAGCAGACCCAUUUUUCAUAGAAAUGACGCCGACUUAAGUGGACUAAGACUUGAUGAGUUGGUCGACAUACAGUAGACGUGUUGUCACCAUAAGCAGGUUCCACUGUAGUACUUUAGUAGUAGUUUGCAGUGGUGUACAUAGAUAUAGUCUGAAAAUGAUUACAAGCAGUUCUCAGGAUCAUGUAUUGCAGUUGUACCACAAGUCCGUGGAUAUUCUACCAAUGUCAGCUCAUCACUCACAUGUCCACACAACACUGUGGUUUGACAGCUCCAGUGGCGUCCACCACAGUGUACUUGUUUGGCGCUGUACACAGCACUGGAAGAAGAAGAAAGACAACUUAUGAGAGAGGAUUUAUUUCAAAGUUAGGUCCAUGUGCCGUUUUGUCCACUGACCUUUGAACUUGAGGGCGAACUCAUAGGGGUUGUAGAGGGUGAGCACCUGCUUGUGAGACGUCUGCUCGUCGGCGUAGAAGACGAGCUCAGUGGGGAACACAAACACGGGAAGGUUUCCUUCCACCAGCUCAGGCUGUCGAUGCUGCUGCUGCAUUGGCCCCCACUGAGCUCUCCUCCUUCCCCCGUCCAAUGUCUGCCUCACCCCCCCUGCCCGCGCUCCACACGCUAUCGAGCCGUGUCAACGUCCCUUUAGAAGACAGCACCUGUGGCUUCUAUGGCAUGGUACUGUCAAGACACAGGUGGACAGGUUACGUUUGACUUCGCUACAACUUCAAAUUAUUCUCAAAAUAAGCCAGAAGAGCCAAUCAGUGAAGAAAGGGAAUCAUCGUGAUAGAAGAAUUUAAACAGCAUUACACAUCACUUUGCCCACAAUGGUUGUGUACUACUACUCUUGUACUGUACACUACUUAUUUUUUUUCCAUUUUAUGUUCUACUCGUAUGCUAUACAGAGCCUAAUUUUGUUGUACAUACAAUAUAAUGUAUUGCAAUGACAAAGCCGGUGGCUGAGUGGUUAGCAUGUUGGACACACAGUCAGAGUUCGAGAAGAUCUGGCUUCGAAUCUCCCUUGGGCAUCUCUUUGUGGAGUUUGCAUGUUCUCCCCGUGCGUGUGUGGGUUCUCUCGGGGUACUCCGGUGUCCUCCAACAUUCCAAAAACAUGGAUGUUAGGUUAAUUGGCAACUCUAAAUUGUCCAUAGGUAUGAAUGUGAGAGUGAAUGGUUGUUUGUCUAUAUGUGCCCUGGCCACCAGUCCCGGUUGUACCCUGCCUCUCGCCCAAAGUCAGCUGGGAUAGGCUCCAGCAUAUCCCUGCGACCAUCGUGAAGAUAAGCGGCACAGAAAAUGGAUGAAAAUAAAGCUUUUGUACUCUGUUCUAAUUAAAUACAAUGCAUGAAAUGUAUAUAAUAUUCAUGUAUUAUUUUGAUAAUUUAAAAGUAGCUGAUGUAAAAAGCUGCUCAAAUGAGCAAUAUUUCUGCUCAACCAUGCUAAACCUGAAUAUUAGAAACAGCUAAGUGUUAAAACCUCUGUGAAAGCGUAAAUGACACUGCAGUGACAGUGCAUUACCAUUUUUAUCAAGGCAGAUUUUUUCGAAAUUUUUUUUUUAAUUACUACAAUCAUUUUAUGUGAUUAAAAUACUGAAUUUCUGUAUUACUUGUCCUAGUCUGCCAAACAGUACGCUAUAGAAUUAAGAAGGAAAUAGGACACAUUUAUGUGGACCUGUGUCUGGAAUGUUAUUAAAACAGGUGAGUCUCAAUCAUAUGUCCAUCCAUCCAUUUUCUUCCGCUUAUCCGGGUCCAGGUCGCAGGGACACCAGUCUCAGUAGGGAAGUCCAGACUUCCCAGCCUCCAGCCACCUCUUUCAGUUACACCAGGAGGACAUCAAGGCGUUCCCAGGCCAGCUGUGAGACAUAAUCCCUCCAGCGUGGGGCCUUCUCCCAGCUGGGCGUGCCCGGAACACCUCGACAGGAAGGCGGCCGGGAGGCAUCCAGACGAGAUGCCCGAGCCAACUCAACUGGCUCCUCUCGAUGUGAAGGCGCAGCAGCUCUACUGUGAGCCCCUCCCAAAUGACGGAGCGCCUCACCCUAUCUCUUACGGUGAGUCCAGCCACCCAACGGAGUAAAAUCAUGUCCGCCACUUGUACCCGGCAUACAAUCAUAUGUAUUUAAUAAUAAUGUGAUUAAUCAUGUGUGAAAUUGUUAAAAAUCUGUCAAAUGCAGGGGUUCUCAAAAGGUCUCAACCUGGUACGCACAUUUUCCAAUGGUGAUUAAGUCGCUACCCACUUUUAUUUUUAUUAUUUUUUAAUAUUUAAUUCAUUUUAUUUAUAUUUUUUACACUUGUAUUUAAGUCAGUGUCAUUUUCUAUAUAUUUAUUCCUUUAUUUAAUUUAUAUAUUUGCACUUGUAAGUCAAACCAAGCACAUGUAUUUUUGUUUUUUUAAACAUCUCUUGAAUGACUAAUACACAUAAUUACAUGUCCAAAUUUUAGACAAAUUAAUAAGGCAUUUUGUCAAGGACCAAAAGGAAGAACACGUCUGCAUGCAUACAAACAAUGCACAAAUGAAAAUUAAAUAUAUAAAUUGUACUAAAUAAGAGCACAAUCAGAUAUUUCACUUAAAUCUGUGCAGUGAACAAAUACCAAUGAGGAAGAUGAUUAUAAUAUUGCUAAAUUAACUCCCAAAUAGCCUGCGACACACCAGUUGAGAACCAUUGGUCUAAUGUUCCAUAACGUGACAAAGAAAACACAUGGUCAUGUGUUUACAUGUUCUGAAGCAGUGGACUUGUGAUGUUGCAAGACUAUGUUGUCCAUAAACACACACACAUAUGUUUAUUAUCAAUGUUGGAACCAACGAAGCUAUUGUAAAGCCAAGUUACACUCAAUUCUAUGAUAAUUGAAUAUUGUGCUGUUUGCUUGCUAAAGUGCAGAGUAAUGAUGGAUGAUAGUGUCAACAUAGACAGGAAGACCUUUAAGCUAAUGUAACUGUAAAUUUGAACAGGUUCUUUUACGAACACUAUGUUUAUACACACCCGCUAUCAAUCGCUUAUUAAUCCAAACUGCUUUCAACCCACUGACAUUGUGUUUAAAGUGUGUAACAUUGUCACUAUAUAUUAGCUAACGGGCUAGCAUGCUAAGUUGACCAAAAUGCUAUCAGAUAGCUUGUGUCAUACCAGACCGUAAAAUACUUUUCAUUUAUUUUUCGUCUAGAAACACAACACGAGAUAGCGACAUUACCUUUCGUUGUCGAUGUCACCAGCGGGGUUACUGCUGUCCCGAACCCACCUUGUUGUUGUUGCUGUUUCUCUAUCCUUUUUUUUCCCUUUGUCAAUAAGAGGCUGCAGCAGACUGCGCGCUGUGCAUGCUGGGACGACUGGUGACUGAAGAACGUGCACAACGUCAACUACACGACUUAAAAUCAAUCGUGGUCAUUCAUGUCAUUAUGGUCGUGUUUACUAGCGCAUUCUGAACAAGUGUUCGCAGUAUGCUGUACAACCAUUAAGUUUGUUGAGUGAAUUUGUUGACAGUUUUAUGUAACAUGCAGAUGUCAUGCUAAGCUAGCAUACAUACAGACAACAUGUUCCAUCUCUAAAUAUGUUUAUUUAUAUGUUGGCACUUUUUAAUCUAAGUAAAUAAUAUUUUUUGUUGUAAUAGUGUAGUUAAAAAGAAAAUACAGUGUGUUGUGUAUCUAUAGAGCUACUCUUCUGAGACCCUUAUUUUUUUUCUGUGCUGAGGAUGUAACGCCCAGAGUUUUUGUUGUUAAGGCCAGGAGUAUGUUUGACAGCUUUAAUGUGGGCCGGUGAGUCCAAGCUGGCUUUCUGAACUGGAAAGGUCCCACCGCUGCCACUAAUGUAACCGAGGGUCUUUUGACGUUGAGAAAGCUUAACAUGGAGGAAGGACAACCGCCAUAAACUCGGGAGCCACUUUUUUGUCACACAGUUGCGUCUCACCGUCCAACAUUUACUCCCGUCAAGCGCUUAAACAAAACACAGCAGUUCCGGCUUUCACAAUAAAAGCUCCGCGUGUUGCUGUGUGUCUUGAACGAAAUAAGGGUCUCAGAAAAGUAGCAUAUUCACCAAGUAAUCUUAACAUGACAACAUAGAAAUACAACUACAUCGUGUACAAUAUGCAGCCGGAUGUUCACACUUGGGGGAUGGACCGAUCGCAAUAUUGAUUGUAUUGG